GAGCUAAAGGGAAAUUUCCCCAGCUGGAAGCCAGAAGGUGACCAUACAACUAUGUACAGUAUUUACAAUUAAAACCAGGUCUGCUACAGAAGCAAUCAGAAGAGGUUUUAGAGGUAAUAUAUCUGGAGACAGGUUAUUCCAAUUUACUAUGCUGUGAGGGGAAAAAGGAUUGUUGUCAUACCUCUGUUCUACAGGAGAUCUAGAGUGUUUGAUAUGAGCUCUGGUGUGUGUGUCUUGUGUGGCGGGAUGGAGGUAUGAGGUGGUAUUUUCUAAUAUUGACUUUAUCAUGUAUAGUUGUAUGUGGUGUUGCCAGUCACAUGACUCUCCUUCUGUCUUCAAGCGAUUCCUAGUAAAGGUAUUGAAGCCUGUCACUAACACCUGGGGCAUAUCUAAAGUGUGGGUGAAUAAUCUGGCUACUCUACACAUCGCCAUUUCUAUUUUGUUUAUGUCUGUUAUUUACUGUUUAGUGUAAGGGUCUAAAACUGAGCACUCAUAUUCUAGGGCUGGACUGACAAGUGUUUCUUGACAGUUGUAGAAGUUAUCUUCAGAUUGCACCUGAGAAGGCCUAAGGCGGAAUUGGCUUCACCACAGAUGUAAUUUAUAUGAUGUUACCACUAAUUAGUGACACCUAAGUAUUUUAUCUACCAAGAUUGUUCUAAUUCUCAAUAACCAGGGUCAUGAUAUUGAAACAGUUGUAUGCUAUAUGAUGAAAAACUAUCACCUUUGUUCAAAUGAAUGAAUUGACUUACAUGUAGAGAAGAUGAAAGUUGGAUUUCUAACAGGUUGAGGAUAUACAGACCCUUUGGACCUCUUGUCUGAAAGUUGGAUUUCUAACAGGUUAAGGAUAUACAGGCCCUUUGGACCUCUUGUCUGUUCAAAAGAUGUGGAAGAGUCUUCAGAAUCGACCAAAACUGGAUAGUAUGAGAAGUUUGAAAAGUAUCCCAAGAAAAACUCCAUCAAAUAUGAGAAUGCAGUUUGUUAUAACAGACGCAUCAAUUGUAGCAGUUCCUGCUGUGCUGUGUCUGGGAACGUUUUGUUUUUAUAUGGACCUACAAAAAGAAGAAACGUUUUUAGAGGAGCAAUCGAAACAUGAACCUAUUCCAUUACCUUCAAACAUUAAGAAUCUUGAAAACAAAGAAAUGAAAUACAGACCUAUACAAGUAAUUGGGGAAUUUGAUCACAUGAUGGAAAGAUACAUCGGACCUAGGAGGUUUCUUAAAACAAUGAAGCGAGAUGCCAGGAUCUUUACGCCUUCUGAAAAACUAGGAAUGUUGGUUAUUACACCAUUCACUAUUAAAGACACAGGACAGAGAAUACUAAUAAACAGAGGCUGGAUACCAGUGACCCAACAGGAUCCAAACUCACGGUUAAAGGGGCAGAUUAAAGGUGAAGUGAAACUUGUCGGAAUUAAUAUUCAACAUUCUGAGCAGGACAGUUUAACUUCUUCAUCAAGUGAAAAUCCCAAUGUGUUUUCUAAAAGAGACUUGGAAAGCCUAGCUCAAUCUACCAAUAGCCUACCCAUCUACCUGGAUGCUGAUGUUGCUAGCACCGUGGAAGGUGGACCAGUAGGGGGUCAGACAGCUACGGAUGUCAAACCCUACUCUUCAUACUGUCUUGCCUUGUUGUAUGCUGUCUGUUUAUUGUUUUAUAUGGGUCAACUGAAGAAACGGAAAUCUGCCAAUUCAAACAAUAAAAUAAACAGUUUAUUUACCUGAAUUGAUUUAAUUCAAACACAAUAAUUGUACCUGUAUUAACCUUAUUGAUGUACAUAGAUGCAAGCAAUAUUUUACCUUUUCUUCCUUUUAUUUGACCUUAUAUGAACACAUCAACAAUGUUUUUUGUCGAAAUGUCAAUGUUUUAAUAAAAGAUCUAGAAAUCAGCUUAUUAAGAAAUAUUGUUCCAAAACUCUUUGUUUGUUUGAAUAUAUUCAAUUGAUAGAACAAAUAACAAAAAAAAUGUCAAAUUUUGCAAAGUUAUCAGAUUAAGUAACAAAAAGUGAGAGUUUACUUAAUGCAAGCAUCAAUGUCAAGUGCAGCAUCUAGUGUAGCAAAAUCAACCAUGGGUAUCCCAUGAUGUGUGAGAAUAUGCAAGAGCCACAAGUGAAAUAGAUAAAUAUUAUGAGCAUCAUAUGUAAUCUGAGAAUGACAGAUGUAAUGUGAGCAUAAUACAGAUGUAAUGUGAGAAUAGUACAGAUGUAAUGUGAGAAUAGACGUAAUGUGAGAAUACAGAUCUAAUGUGAGAAUACAGAUGUAAUGUGAGAAUACAGAUGUAAUAUGAGAAUAAUACAGAUGUAAUGUGAGAAUAAUACAGAUGUAAUGUGAGAAUAGUACAGAUGUAAUGUGACAAUAAUACAGAUGUAAUGUGAGAAUAGAUGUAAUGUGAGAAUAAUACAGAUGUAAUGUGAGAAUGACAGACGUAAUGUGAGAAUAGUACAGAUGUAAUGUGAGAAUAGUACAGAUGUAAUGUGAGAAUAGUACAGAUGUAAUGUGAGAACAGUACAGAUGUAAUGUGAGAAUAGUACAGAUGUAAUGUGAGAAUGACAGAUGUAAUGUGAGAAUGACAGAUGUAAUGUGAGAAUAGUACAGAUGUAAUGUGAGAAUAGUAGAUGUAAUGUGAGAAUAGUACAGAUGUAAUAUGAGAAUACAGAUGUAAUAUGAGAAUAGUACAGAUGUAAUGUGAGAAUAGUACAGAUGUAAUGUGAGAAUAGUACAGAUGUAAUGUGAGAAUACAGAUGUAAUAUGAGAAUACAGAUGUAAUAUGAGAAUAGUACAGAUGUAAUGUGACAAUAGUAUAGAGAUGUAAUGUGAGAAUAUAGUACAGAUGUAAUGUGACAAUAGUACAGAUGUAAUGUGAGAAUACAGAUGUAAUGUGGCAAUAGUACAGAUGUAAUGUGACAAUAGUACAGAUGUAAUGUGACAAUAAUACAGAUGUAAUGUGACAAUAGUACAGAUGUAAUGUGACAAUAGUACAGAUGUAAUGUGACAAUAGUACAGAUGUAAUGUGACAAUAGUACAGAUGUAAUAUGAGAAUACAGAUGUAAUGUGACAAUAGUACAGAUGUUAUGUGACAAUAGUACAGAUGUAAUGUGACAAUAGUACAGAUGUAAUGUGACAAUUGAAUAAUACAGAUGUAAUGUGACAAUAGUACAGAUGUAAUGUGACAAUAGUACAGAUGUAAUGUGACAAUAGUACAGACGUAAUGUGACAAUAAUACAGAUGUAAUGUGACAAUAGUACAGAUGUAAUGUGACAAUAGUACAGAUGUAAUGUGAGAAUACAGAUGUAAUGUGAGAAUAAUACAGAUGUAAUGUGAGAAUAAUACAGAUGUAAUAUGAGAAUAGUACAGAUGUAAUGUGAUAAUAGUACAGAUGUAAUGUGAGAAUAAUACAGAUGUAUUGUGAGAAUACAGAUGUAAUGUGACAAUAGUACAGAUGUAAUGUGACAAUAGUAUAGUACAGAUGUAAUGUGAGAAUACAGAUGUAAUGUGAGAAUAGUACAGAUGUAAUGUGAGAAUAGUACAGAUGUAAUGUGACAAUAGUACAGAUGUAAUGUUACAAUAGUAUAGAGAUGUAAUGUGAGAAUACAGAUGUAAUGUGACAAUAGUACAGAUGUAAUGUGACAAUAGUAUAGAGAUGUAAUGUGAGAAUAAUACAGAUGUAAUGUGACAAUAGUACAGAUGUAAUGUGACAAUAGUACAGAUGUAAUGUGAGAAUAGUACAGAUGUAAUGUGACAAUAGUACAGAUGUAAUGUGACAAUUGAAUAAUACAGAUGUAAUGUGACAAUAGUACAGAUGUAAUGUGACAAUAGUACAGAUGUAAUGUGACAAUAGUACAGACGUAAUGUGACAAUAAUACAGAUGUAAUGUGACAAUAGUACAGAUGUAAUGUGACAAUAGUACAGAUGUAAUGUGAGAAUACAGAUGUAAUGUGAGAACAGUACAGAUGUAAUGUGAGAAUAAUACAGAUGUAAUAUGAGAAUACAGAUGUAAUGUGAGAAUAGUACAGAUGUAAUGUGAGAAUAGUACAGAUGUAAUGUGACAAUAGUACAGAUGUAAUGUUACAAUAGUAUAGAGAUGUAAUGUGAGAAUACAGAUGUAAUGUGACAAUAGUACAGAUGUAAUGUGACAAUAGUAUAGAGAUGUAAUGUGAGAAUACAGAUGUAAUGUGACAAUAGUACAGAUGUAAUGUUACAAUAGUACAGAUGUAAUGUGACAAUAAUACAGAUGUAAUGUGAGAAUAAUACAGAUGUAAUGUGACAAUAGUACAGAUGUAAUGUGACAAUAGUACAUAUGUAAUGUGACAAUAAUACAGAUGUAAUGUGAGAAUAGUACAGAUGUAAUGUGAGAAUACAUAUGUGAUGUGAGAAUAAGACAGAUGUGAUGUGAGAAUAUCGGGUGUAAUACAAGAGUAAUAGAUAAAUAUCAAUGAGAGUUUUAAGAUAAUGUGCUGCAGUGAGAAUUGUGCUUCAAGAAAAAUUAUGAAAUGAUUUUGAAUGGGCACAAUAAGGUUUUUUAUUGUAGAUGAAUACAAUAUGGGAUGUUUAUCUACAUACGCUGCAAGUAUGAUGUGUCUAGCUAUAUAUUUAUAUAUAUUGUAUUGGUUUGCUUGUUUACUGUACUGAUGAACUGAAUGGUUUUAAGUGAUUUUAAAGAACUAUUAUACUGAAGUGAUUUGUGAUAAGCCUGAAGAAAUGUGAGGAUGGAAACAUCAUACUGAACUGUUAUUAAGAUAAAAUACUUGUGAAUUAUUA